AUGCCAGAAUUUUCUACUAUGGACAUUGUACAAUCCCGUAAUGCUAAAGUUACAAUUUUGGGUAGUGUUGCAGCACCUGGUAUAAAUAGUUGGGUUAUUAGUCUUGAUGCAAAUCUGAAGAUGGAAUUUGAGGUCUCAGCAGGCCGUAUGAAAUAUGUAGGUGUUACCAAUAAUAAUUUAAAUAAUGAAAAUGAUAAUGUACCCGAGGAGUCAAUUAUUAGUGAACCAGAGACAAGCAUUCCAAAUGAUAGUGAACAAGAUGAAGAAGAAAUAAAUAAACUUCAUAAUGCAUUUAAUGAAAAUCUUGUUAAAGCCAUUACACCUGGUAGUUUUCUUUUUAUUGACGAAUCCAUGUGUCAAUGGAUGGUCGAAAUUGAUAAAGGUCCAUUUCAACAAAAAAUACCUAGAAAACCUCAUCCAAUUGGCUGCGAAUUUAAACUCCAUGGUUCAAUAGCGGAAGAACAAUUAUUACAGAUUCAUGAUGCCCUUGAAAGUGUCUACGGAUCAUUUGUUAGUCGAACAGGAAAAUUUAGAUGA